CGAGGGCCCCGUGGCAUGGGAGAGCCCUAUCGGCAGAGGAGGAGGAGCAGUUCUGUGAGCCAUGGGUCAGCCCCCAGCAGGACUCCAGGGUGUGGGAGCCUCCGGAAAGUCACUGCCGAGGCGGCGAUGUCCUGAAUGGGUCCGGGGAGCAGCAGCGCCAGUUAUGGGCCAGCAUCCUCCAGUGUGCCGUGGCAUGGGAGAGACCCGAGAGCAUUGGCCGAGCAGAUGGCAGGGCCAGGAGCAGUUCUGAGGAGCAGCAUCCGGAUGAAGGGGCUGAGACCCUGCAGCCCUACAGGGUGUUACUCCGGGGAUCAGAAGAGGGAGCUGUCCUGAGCCCUGAGCAGCAAGGAACUGCCCUGAGCUCGUGUGGGCCUCAGAGACCAGAGAUUGAGCUGGGGGCCACGCGGGGGUGUGACUGGUGCUCUAGCAACUCCCCAAAUAUGUGGUCAGAGCCUGAGACUGGAGAGGGGCCGAGCCCGUGCCUGGUGUGUGCCCCGAGAGCCAAUGGGAUGGCCGCUCCCGGUGUGCAGGAGAGCAGCGUUCCCAAGAAGGAGAAACCCCACAAGUGCCCGGAGUGCGGGAAAGGCUUCCGGAGGAAGUGGGAUCUCACCAAGCACCAGAGAACCCACUCGGGGGAGCGCCCCUACCCCUGCACGGACUGCAGCAAGAGCUUCAGCCACGUCUCCAACCUCAUCAAGCACCAGCGCAUCCACACCGGGGAGCGGCCCUUCGUCUGCAACAUCUGCGGGCGCAGCUUCACCCUGAAGCAGGUACUGGUCCGCCACCAGCGCAUCCACACGGGCGAGCGGCCCUUCGCUUGCACUGACUGCGACAAGAGCUUCAAGGACAAGCAGAAGCUGACCAUCCACCAGCGCAUCCACACCGGCGAGCGGCCCUACGUCUGUGCUGACUGCGGCAAGAGCUUCGGACAGAGCCAGCGGCUCAAGACGCACCGGCGCAUCCACACAGGAGAGAAGCCCUACCUCUGCAGUGACUGUGGCCGGGCCUUCAGCCAGGUCUCCAAUCUGUACACGCACUGGCGUACCCACACAGGUGAACGCCCCUACCCCUGCACCUACUGUGGCAAGAGCUUCAGCCUGAAGCACGACCUCACCAAGCACCAGCGGGUGCACACGGGAGAGCGUCCCUACCCCUGCACGGACUGUGACAAGAGCUUCAGCCAGAAGCAGGACCUCACCAAGCACCAGCGGGUGCACACGGGCGAGCGCCCUUACCCUUGCGCCCAGUGCGGCAAGAGCUUCAGCAACGUGUCCAACCUCCUUGCCCACCAACGGACCCACCUGGGGCAGCGGCUUCCAGCGGCCAGCCGGGCCCAGCCCGGCAAGGAAUGAACCACCAUCGGGGUGCUGCUGUGAGCUGGUCAGGAAAUCGGGGUGGGUGAUGGAACCUCGUCACUUGGGCCGUGACUCGUGUUCUGCUCCCCUUCCCGCUGGUGCAAAUCAGGAGCCAGUGUCAGCGGAUGUGCUAAGUGAGGGAGCUGAGCGGAGAGGGGAGCAGGGAAAGGGACUAGCCGCAGGUGCUAGGUCAAGCCACCCCAGCCAACAUGUUGUCUGGCAGCACUUCCAGGACUGAGAUCCCAUUGGUUUCAACAGCACUUACACAGGGUCUGAUUCCCCGCCCCCCGACAUCUCAAGCAAACGUAAGUUACAGUGG